CCAACCUUAAUAUUGGGGUUCCGAUUUUACUUUGUUAUGCUCCUGGUCUAAAAUUCCUUCCGAUUCUUUUUGGAUGUAUGUUAGCCGGUAUAACAGCUGUACCUAUAGCUCCUCCAAAUCUUGCAACUGCUGAUAAAGAUAUAGCAAGAUUUAAAUAUCUUUCGAAAACCACCAAUGCAAAAAUUGUAUUUAGUGACAAAAAUUAUAUGCUAUACACGAAACUUUAUGCGGCAAAAAGUUUUUUUGGAAUGGCCAAUAAAAUAGAUUGGCCAGAAGGGUUAAUAUGGGUUGAAGGAGAAAACGUUACAAACUCAAAAGAUCUUUUUGAUGAGAAAUUAAUUGAAGAAGUUGAUUGUGAAAACGUUGCUGUAAUUCAAUUUUCGUCCGGUAGCACUGGUGAUCCAAAAGGUGUCAUGCUCACCCAUAAGAAUUUACUUCAUAACGUGGAUCUUAUGCAACAUGAAAUUGGUUUAAAUGAAGAUUCUACGAUCGCUUUUUGGGUACCUCAAUUUCAUGAUCUUGGACUUAUCGGUGGAUUCCUUAAUACUGUUCGAGGUGCUUGUAAAUCAUGCGUUAUGUCACCUUUGACGUUCUUGCAAAAACCUGAAUGUUGGCUUCAAAUGAUUACCAAAUAUAACGCCACUUAUACUGCGGCACCAAACUUUGCCUACGAAUUAGCAACACGAAAAUGUGACGAAAAAUCAGUCGCUUCGCUAAACUUAAGUUCUCUUCGAGGUGCGUUCAAUGGUGCUGAACCGGUUCGUUGGUCAACACUUCGAUUAUUUGCUAGAAAGUUUGGUCCGGCAGGAUUUAAACUUUCAAUGUUUAAGUGCUUAUACGGUUUAGCUGAACAUUGUGCCUACUCGGUCGGCUUCCAAAAUCUAUAUGAUGUUCCCACUGUACUUGAUAUCGAUCCGCAAGUUUUACGACAAGGUCAUGUGAUUGUUAGGUCGAAAUCCGAAAAUCCAAAUAAUAUAGUUUCAACCGGCGUACCUAGUCCGGCCAUGCAAGUCGAAGUUAGAAUCGUGGAUCGGGAAACGAGACAACUCUGUUCACCUUGUACUGUAGGAGAAGUCUGGCUUUCUAGCCCAAGUGUUGGUAAAGGUUAUUUCGGAAAAGAAGAAAUAUCAGAAGAUACAUUUAGAGCAAAAUUGAAUAAUAGUGAUCACGGCAAUUGGAUAAUUGAUAAUGGAUGUUUCCUGAGAACAGGAGACCUUGGAUUCAUGUAUAAUGGAGAACUUUUCAUAACUGGAAGAGAAAAAGAUGUUAUUAUAAUUAAUGGCAAGAAUCAUUAUCCACAAGAUAUUGAAGUUUCUGUUCAAGAAUGUCAUAAUGAAAUAAGACCGGGAUGCGUUGCAGCACUUCAUCAUUCUGAUGCAGAAACUGGUACAGAUUCACUUAUAAUCCUCGCAGAAAUUCGCAAUCAAAAAGACAUUAAAUCGGAAUUCUUACAACUCAUAAUUGACGAAAUUGCUCGAACUGUUCCUGGAAAACAUGGACUUUCACCUCAAAAAAUUGUUAUUCUUAAGCAGCAUAGCAUUCCAAAGACGACAAGUGGCAAACUUCAACGAUCAAAAGCAAAAGAUAUGUUAUUAUCUGGACUUUUAGAUAAAAGGAUUUUAUUGAGCACCGGUGAGAUUGUUGUUGAACCGAAUUUCGAUGUACCGAGUUCGAAACGUUCAAGUUAUGUCGUGGAUCCAAAAAAGGUCAUGAAUGUUUCAAGUAUCGAAAAAAAGGUCAUGGAUGUUUCAAGCAUCGAAAAAAAGGUCAUGGAUGUUUCAAGCAUCGAAAAAAAGAUCACCGUUCAUGUUCAUAAAGUUUCAAAAUUGGCAUCGAAAUUACCGAUUAAUGAAAUUGAUAUGAAAGCAAAUAUUAUCACAGUUUACGGUUUUGAUUCUCUUGGCGCUGUUCAAUUAACGGCUUGUCUCAAAGAUGAAUUUGGCAUAGAACUCGCGCCUGCUCUUAUUGUGGAUUAUUAUACAAUCGCUGAUUUGGCAGUUUAUAUUUAUAACCAGUUAAAUGAAAAGGUUUUAUGUGAGAAUGUUAAUGAAGUAAUGCCUCUCGAACAAAUUCAAAGUAAAAUUGCGAGUCAAGUUCAUGUUGUAUCUAAAGUUGCGGCAAAGAUUCCAUUAGAUCAACUUAAUUUCAAUGCUAAUCUCAUUACCGAUUAUGGAUUUGAUUCGCUUGCUGCUGUGCAGUUGACUGCUUCAAUGAGUCAAAUAUUUGGUAUUGAAAUAGCUCCAACAUUAUUAUAUGACGUUCAUACAAUUGGAGAUCUGGCAAAUCAUGUUUAUAAACAACUACAACUUUCAGAAAAUAAAUCGUCCGUGAAAAUAUCGCAAUCACAAGAACAUUUAAACAAACCUCCAAAGGAGGAAAUACGUUUAAUACCAUUGGCCCCACGUACCAUAGUCAAUAAACAUAAUCCAACUCUUUACUGCGUUCAUCCACUCUUGGGAAAUGUUGCUAGUUAUGUCCAUUUAUCUCGUAACCUUGGAAUUACUCGUCCUGUAUAUGGUAUUCAAGCACCUAACGAUGUUGAAAGUGACAUUCCAUCAAUGGCCGAGAGAUACGUUAAGACAAUUCAAGAUGCACAAUCUUCAGGACCUUAUUUCCUAUGUGGAUAUUCUUAUGGUGGUCUUAUCGCAUGGGAAAUGGCCAGAAUAUUACAAAAAUCCGGAUCUAAAGUCGGAGGGCUAUAUCUUAUUGAUGCACCAUCACCCCUAAUGAAUCGUGUUCGACCACCGCUUAGUGCAUAUAAUGAACCACAUAAAAUCUGGGAGUCAGAUAUUGAACAACUUCUCACUGACGUUGACAGUCAAUGGAUGCACCGUCAAGGAUCAAGCGAUCCAAUAGAGAUCGAAGCUUUCAAAAGGAAAGUUGGCAUACUAAUAGCAUCAAUGUAUAGUCAUACAGCAGAUAUUACUACCGUAGACUCUAUCCAAUCAUUCCCAAUUCAUUAUUGGAGGGCGAAAGAUUUUGCAGGAAAAACGAGUAAUUUAUUACUUGAUCAUCCGUUAUUUAAUGAACCGAAUUUUGGAUGGGAACGUUAUCAAGGUACCAUUACAUUUCACAGGCCAAUUCCCGGAAACCAUUAUUCAAUUCUUCGAGAAGACACAUCUGGAAGAUUGGCUAAAGAAAUUGAUACGCAUAUGCCACAUAACAGUAAGAGAAGCAGUAUGGAUUUAAAACCAUUAAUGCUUGAAAACGUAGCAACCACACCAUCGAGUAGAUCAAGUAGCGCACCAACUUCAGCCGCAUCCCGAUCAUCAUCAUCGUCAGCAUUUCCAUUAUUUAGAACCGGAAAUAAUGGACCUAUGAGUAAAAGAGAGGUUGCAAAAAUGGCCAUGAACGUUCAAAUUCCAUUACCUGUUGUUAUAAUUGGAAUGUUUGUGUGUGCAUGGUUAUACACCAACAUUACUAUACUACUAUGA